AUGGGAUCUAUCGGUUACAAGGUGUCGGAUAAUCUGUAUGCUCAUCCGUUGAUAUCAGAAAGAGCAAUCGACGAGCCACGACCACUCAAGGUCAUCUACAUCGGUGCUGGCGUCUCUGGACUAUGUGCUGCCAUUCAGUUUCCUCGGGCUUUGCCCACUGUGGAGCUUGCAAUCUAUGAGAAGAAUCCAGACGUGGGAGGCACGUGGUUUGAGAAUAGAUACCCCGGGUGUGCCUGUGAUAUCCCUGCUCAUUCUUACCAACUGAGCUUCGAGUCGGAAAUCCACUGGAGUAAAUUUUAUGCCGAUGCGCCAGAAAUCCUCCAGUACUGGAAAAGAGUCGCCGACAAGUACAACGUCAAGAAAUAUAUGAAAUUCAACCACAAAUGCAUAGAAGCUCGAUGGAACGAGGAGACCUCGAAAUGGCACGUCAAGUUCCGAAAGCUCGAUACCGAUGAGGUCGUAGAGGACGUUGGCGAUGUCUUCAUGACCGGCAUUGGUGUACUCAACGAAUGGAAGUGGCCAGAUAUCAAAGGCCUGCACGACUUCAAGGGCAAGCUGCUCCACAGCGCCAACUGGGAUCCGGAUUACGAUCUAUCAGGGAAAGAGAUUGCGGUUAUCGGCGCCGGCAGUAGCGGUAUCCAGAUCGUUGCCAACCUGCAGCCCAAGGUCAAAUCCAUGGACCACUAUGUACGUGGCCGGACUUGGAUCGCGGCGACGUUUGGUAAUGAGCUUGUCCGUGAGCGGAACGAUGGACAGGACGGGAACUUUGCCUACACGAAGGAGGAAAUGGAGGCUUGGGAGAAGGACCCCCAAGCUUACAUCAAAUACCGCAAGGCCCUUGAAAUCGGCAUGCAGGGCUCCUUUGCCAUAACCCACCGAGGGACGAAAGAGCACGAAGGGGCGUGGUCCGCCUUCAACGAAGACAUGCGGAAUCGACUGCAGAAAAAACCCGAGAUUGCCGAACACCUCAUCCCCGAAUUUCCCCCUCUGUGCAAACGGUUGACGCCGGGUCCGGGAUAUCUGGAAGCCUUGGUCGCCGACAAUGUCAACGUCAUUGCGACGAAGAUCUCACAUAUCGACGAGACGGGCGUCGUCACGACCGAUGGGACACAUCGACCCGUCGAAGCGAUCGUCUGUGCCACCGGAUUCGACACGUCCUUCCAGGGCCGGUUCCCCAUUUAUGGACGGGGUGGAGUCAACCUGCAAGAUCGCUACCGAGAACGGCCAGAGACGUACCUGAGUCUGUGCACCGACCAGUUCCCCAAUUUCUUCCAGUCCCUCGGCCCCAACGCCGGUGUGGGCAACGGCAGUCUCCUGAUCAUCAUCGAAGCCGUCGCCAACUACGUGGCGCAGAUUCUCCAGCGACUGGGACAGGGAAACACUAAGACCAUCGAGCCCAAGAGGAAGGUGGUGGAGAACUUUACGAACUACUGCGAUGCCUUCUUCAAGCGCACCGUCUUCUCCGCCGAAUGCGGCAGUUGGUACAAGUCGGCGCCCCCCAACGCGACAGCAGAAGAGCGCAAGCGGGGUCGGGUGACGGCCUUAUGGCCCGGGAGCAGUAUCCACGCCGUCAAGGCGCUCGAGAAGGUGCGCUUCGACGACUACGAAAUGACGCCGGCCGACGGCAACGAGUUUGGAUGGUUCGGCGACGGGUGGGCGUUGGCAGAGCGGACGGGCGACGUGGAGGGUCUGACCUGGUAUCUGAACAACACGCGCUUCACGCAUGAGCCGUUGGAGGAGGGUGAGAAGUUGACCGUGACCGAGGACAAGAUCGUGACCAAGGGGGACGCAGCAGACGGCGUCAAGAAGGGCGACGUGGCCACUGAGUUUCGAGUGCCUGACGGGAUUGUGUCGACGUAA